AUGAAUAAAAUCGAUUCAUCUUUUCUAAUUCCUGGUACAAAUAAAUAUAUUGAAGCUGGUGAAUUUAUUGAUCCAUAUCGAAAAUAUUUUGCACCAUUGAAUCUUGUACAUUGGAUGAAAAAUAUGUGGCCUAUAAAUAAAAAUGAUAAUGAACUAUUGGAAAUUCAUGGUCCAUCAAUAUCUCUAUUUGAUGUGCAUGUUAAACAAGAUUUAGAAUUAUCAAAAUUAAUAUGUAGUUAUUAUUUAAAAACAAUUUUAUUUUGGUUAUGUGAAUCAAUAGAUAAAGAACAAUGGACAUAUGAAACAUUGUAUGAUCGUUUUAUACAUUUUAUUGAUUAUAUCAUUGUAUGUUUAGAGCCAAAAAUGUUUAAAACAUUAUUUUAUACCUGA